ACACACCCAGUCUUUUUUAUUUUAUUUCAAGACAGGGUCUCACAAAGUUGCUGAGGUUGUCCUGGAACUUAAAAUCCUCCUGUCUCAGACUCCCAAGCUGCUGGGAUUACAGGCAAGUGCCACUCUACCUGGGGCUUCCAAGACGUGUCCAGCCUGCUCUUCGCUGCGAAAUUGCACGGAUAUUGCUUGUCCUUCUGCCCAGGACUCCUGCUUGUUUAGCCAGAUACAUCUGGAAAAUGGCACCGUCCUUGAGAGCGGGUCCUGUGUAGCCCCUGGGAGAUGCCAAGAAGGUGUCUAUGCCCUGACCUACGGUCCCCACUCGGGCCUCUGGAUCAGCACCUCGUGCUGUGAAAACUGCAGCUCUCCCCAAAAAGAGGCAGAGCCCAAGGCCCAGCCCAACGCAGUGAAGUGUCCUUACUGUUCUGGGGAAAAUUUCACCUCAUGUGACUCCAUUUCGAUCAUGAACUGCACCGGGAACCAGACUGUGUGCGUCACUCUCAACGGGACAUGGAACAGAGGAGGUCCCCAAAUCCUGAAAGGCUGUGCUACACCAGAGAUCUGCCACCUGAAAGUGAAUGACACUCUGGGCCCGGAGGAGGCUGGAUUUCAUCUCACCACAAAGCCUGAUUGCAGUUCCCUGGCUCCUCCCACACAACCAGGUCCCCAUGCAAAUGUGACCCAUACCAAGGCAAAGGCCACCAUCUGUUUCACCUGCUCAGACCUCUACCAUUGCAACCCUGUCUCCUGCCCGGAGGACAGGAACUAUUGCCUUCAGACAGCAGGAAUCACAGCGUUUGGGGAAGGAGACUCAGUUGCCUGGAGAAAUGGUUCCUGUGUGGCCUCUAAGGAUUGUAAAUGGGACAGAUCCGUCUCUGCCUUGACCUACGGUGCUCGCUUGGGCUUCUGGGUCAACACCACCUGUUGCCAAGGCAACUGCCAGAAGCCCACUCCUCUCGCAGCUCUGCCGGCCUCCCGCCCCUUGAACAAGUUCCUGUGCCCUACAUGUGCAGGGGACCACCAGGGACCCUGCAAUUCGUCCCUCUACAUGCAGUGUCCCCUUUGGAUGACCGAGUGUGUCCAGCUGAACCUGAUAUCUGAAGGAGGCGGCCGAAACCUGAGCUUGCGUGGCUGUGGCUCUCGAAACCUGUGCAGCGCCCGGGGGGUGACAGAGAGAGUGGCUCUGCAGGGCCUGCGGCUGGCCCGCCCGCCGUACUGCAGCUCGGGCCGCCGCGCCGUCCUGGAGUCCCAGUGCCUCUUGGGCGCUGCCGCUGGACUCCGCCUUGCCCUGCCCGUGCUGGUGGUGGCCCUGGGGACCUCGGUGCUGGCCUGAGGAGUCAGGCCUGGACCCCCCUUCUCCUCCUGCCUACUCGUUCCGCAUCUCACUGGAUGAGGCCCUGGAUCCCCUCUUUGGGACACUUCUGGGGCCUGGAAGCUUCUACUGAGAAAGUCAGGGACCAGGGACAGGUUCCUGUCCUAGGCCAAGUGCUUCCCCUAGGGAAGUCCUCUUUCCUGGUCCCAGGAACCCCUAAAAGGCCAUCCAGCUGCCUCCGAGGCCAGGCCACUGCUGGACUAGGGCCAGACCUCCUUGGCAGACAAGGGUCUUCCUGGGGACAACCUCCCCUCCCCCUCCAGACUAGGGUCGUUCUUCCCCUGACUACAAAGGCCACCUUCUCUUUGAGACCAUGGGCCCCAAAGACUAGGCCGCUUUCUUCAACGGAGGGAUCCUGGACACCAAGCCACUCCCUCAAUUGGGUCCGCGUCUGUGUUCUCCAACAUGAAGGAGCAAAUCCUUCUUCUGCCUCCCUCUGAAAGGUCUAGCAAAGUCCCGUGCAGCCAAGGUGGGCCUUGAGGGCCCCAGACACCCACUUCCCAAGGCUUUUGGAGCGACCCGUUUCUUUCCUCUGGGCCGCGAUGGGCAGGAGGCUUCCGUGACAGUCCCCUGCGGCCUGGGCUCAACCUCCCAGCUGUGACCGAAUCUGAAUGAAUCGCAUCCC